GUAAUGAUGCAUAAAUUAAAGACACAAAUGACAGUUUGACACCUACAAGUGAUCCUACAUGAAUACAUUGAUGACAACAGCGACAAGAAGGACUAUUCGUAAAAUAUUUUGUUUAGUCUGUGUUGUGCAGGAGUUUGUUUAUUAAAAAAAUGAGAAAAAAACCAAAAAAAAAACGACUGAACAACAUCAAUGACUUUUAUAGAUUUAACAGAUGAUAAAGCCCAAAAAGAAAAUGAACAGCUGUUUCAACUGAUAUUUUGACAUCAGAAAGUGUGUAUUUAUACAGGAAUAAAAAUGCCUGAUAACUUUAUUUGUGGAAAGUGUGGCAAGGUAGCAAAAACUAAACAAGCCUUAGAAAGGCAUGCCGCAUAUCAUGAGAAUGACCGUCCCUUUUCUUGUGAGGUAUGUUUACAAAGGUUCAAGAACUCAGAUGAUCGUGGAAAACAUUAUCGCAGACUUAAAAGAGAUGGGAAAUUUCCUGUUGCAUGCACUGUAUGCCACAAACAUUUCAAAACUGAUGAGAUAUAUAAAAAACAUAUUGAAAUGCUGGGUUGCAAUGUUGCCGAUGUUGAUGUUGAGAGAGAUCAAAACGCAACCCGUCCUAAAAAUGAAACUAGCGAGGCAAGUGCAAUAACUCCAAAAGAGGAACUAAUUCCUAGUGAUGGUAUCACAUGUACGUGUAAAAUAUGUGAGACGGAAUUUGUAAGUACUACGUCAUUAAAGAAACAUUAUAAAGAGGCUCAUAAUGACAAUAAAAGACAAGUGUGUAUGCAAUGUGGACAGACAUUAAGCUCGAAAGAUAGUUUAGCAAGGCACUUUAGCAUAUUUCAUCAAACGUCGUUUCCAUACCCUUGCGAUAAAUGUGACCAAAAGUUUAAAAUUAAAGAAAGCCUUUGCAGGCACGUUAAGUUCGUGCAUCAAGAUGGCGGAUAUCAAUGUCCAGAAUGUCAUCGUGUUUUCAGUCAACCUGUGAAUCUUAGGAAACAUUUAGCAGUUCAUUCUACUCAAAAAGAGUUUGCCUGUAAGUCUUGUGGGCGAGAGUUUAAAUGGAAACAAGCCCUCCAAAAACACGAGUUACUUCAUGAAAUGCAGAGCAGUAGCAGAAAUGACAAAACUGUUGACAAUGCAAGCAGUCUUAGAAAUGACUUGGAUCUUAUUACGAAUACAAAUGAUGAAAUAAACGAUGAAAACGAGGUUGAUGGUGAUAAUGACAUUGAUGAAUUUGAAGCUCAUGGCGACAUGCAAGAAGAAUCAGUGACGCAAGAAAAACAAAUUUCUGAAAAAGAGUCAGUUAGUAACAAUGUUAAUAUUGGUUCUUUUUAUAAAUAUCCUAGUAAGAAUGCACAAAGGAGUGCUAUUUGUUCAGUAGCAGAUGAUUUUAAUUUCGGAAAUGGUAGCUUGCUAAAUCCAAGAAAAGGAAACACCGUCAGUAAGGAAUUUGACGAAUAUGAAUUUCCUGACGAUGAUGAUUUAGAUCAUGGUUCAAGUGAUAAAACUGCCUCCAGGAAAAGAUUAAAUACACCUACUGACAAUGAAUGUAAUGAUAUAAAGAAGUUUAAAAUUUCAGGUGAUAUGUCAAGUAAGAACAGAGACAGGUCUUUAUCAACAGAACAGAAUGUUGGAAAUACUGGAAAUCAUAAUGCUACAAUAGAAGGAAAUAAAAUGAAUAAUUGCAGUCAAAUGCAUCUUUUACAAAAGGCUUUUCCACCCUGUGAAAAAUCUGGUGAUUUAAGUGAAACAUCAGACAGUACAAAUAAUGCUAAUAAUAAGGUAAAAUCUUAUGGGAAAGAUACUUCACACUUUGGAAACGUGAGUGAAAAUGACUUGGUUUCAGAGCAAAGUAUUGAAAACUUAGAGACUGACAUAAAGCAUAGAUAUUCAGCGUUGACUAGUUUUCCAACUGAUAAUGCAAAGGAUGCUCCUAAAUUAAUAUUUAAACCAUCAUCAAUUCAGAAUAUAUUGUCUGGUCCAGAGGAGAAUCCAAAAACUGCUGGUAGUAUUGCAGAUGAAAAAAGUGAUGAUGAACUGGAGCAUAGCAGAAAACAAACAUGGUUUGGACUUCCAGCAAAACUUGGAUAUCUUCACACAAAAUUGCAUAACCCAUUUCUUAUUCAAAACAGAAAUAGAAAUUCACCUUCAAUAGGAAGUGCAUAUAAUAAGGAAGAUCAGCUUAAGGAACAUGACAAAACAGUAACUGAAAGUGUUCAUGACACAUCAAAAUCGGCAACAGCACCACCAGAUCAGAUGAUACCAAGAGGAAAGUUUUCUCUGGUAAAACAUAUGCUAUCAUUACAAAACGAAGAAAACUUUGAUAAAACAAUUUUUGAAAACCCUCUGUACAAUAAACCAGCAGAUGUAAAAGAUUUCGAACAGUUUGUAGAACGGCACAGAGUUACUGACAAGACUGAUGACUCUGUUGUCCAAUCAUAUGAUUUAUCUGGAAAGCAAAAUAUUCCAUUUCAUUGGUUAGGUUUGAGUGCUGCGAAACGGAAAAAGUCCCUUAUAAAUGGUGGUAACAAAAAUGAUGUGGAAACUAAUGAUUCUGAAAGAGAAGAAAAAGCCAGUAAAGAACAUAAAGAUAAACAAAAUGACAUGAUUGCUACGAAGACUCAUGAUUCUUCUGGUAUUUAUACAAGUGAGGAAUUCACAGUAAAAAAAAGACAGAACGAUAUGACUAUUACAAAAACUCAUGAUUCUUCUGGAAUGUACACGGGUAUGGAAUCCUCAGAAAAAACGUCUGGAAUUGAAAACACAGAUACAGAUCAUAUUCAGCAGGCAAGUGGAAGAGAAAGUUUCCAUGGAAAGAGUACAGCUUCUUCGCAAGAGUACAUGCAUCGUGGCUUUCAAGCGAUAAAAAACCUUGUUGCUGCACACAAAAAUGAUAUUCAGUAUCGAACCCAUGCAGAAAAAUCGGUUCUAACAAACCCAUUUGAUUAUGAAAAUGAAUAUUUUCAGGACAAAGCAACAGAUUUAUCAAGUAAUAACAAGGAAACAGUAGCGUUGAAAGUGCAUAGCCAUAAUAAUAGUCAAAGUAAAGUGCAUUCAGCGGAAACGUUUGUAGCCAUGACAACAGCUGAAGAAAAAGAGCACAUGUUUAAUCUAAACAGAGCAGCUGAUCAGGACAUUUCUCGUAACAAGAGAAAUAUCAGUGAACGAGAUUUCUACAGGAGACAUCACUCUGUGGGUACAUAUUCUAAAUCGCCAUUGAUUUCACCAUCUUUUUCGUAUUCCCAGCAUAGUCUUCAAUUACCUAGGGCUUUUUCAGGAACAGCAACAUCUGCCAGUAAUGUUACAAAUUCUGUACAAAUUUCAAGAAGUCAGUCUAUCCCUUGCACUUCAGGUUAUACUACUCACUUACAGCUACAAAGAACAUGGGGUUCUGAUUCUGCCAUGCGGCCGGAGAAAUGUUUAGAUAACACUGCUGCUUCCGAUUCUGCCGAACUUCUUCCGUUCAUUCCACAUGAACGUUCUGAAAAGGAUACAGGGUUUCAGAACAAGGAAGUGGCAAUCGUUGGAGAUUCUAAUUCGACACACAUAGAACGUGAACCAGUGGCAGGAAUGCAAACUGAUAUAAUGCCUCAUAGACAGAUUGAUUUGAUGAUGAUAAAUAAAAACCUUGCUCAACUUCACAAACUCAAUCAUGGCCGAUUUGAUAGAAAAGAUUUGAGAUGGUUUGUAAGAAGCCUUAGUACGAGAGAAAAUGUAAGUAGAAAUGAAUCUGAAAGUCAUGAAGUGCAGAGUAGUUCUGAACCUUUGCCUUACAGGUCAAAACGACCUGAAGGUCAUGGGGUUAUUUUACCAAAUGUGCCAGUUAAUGAAAAAGUGACUAAUGAUUUAGAUACAAGCAAAGCCAGUAUGUCUGGUGCUUACAGCCCGGUUCAUUCAACCUAUACGCCAAACAUGUCUCAGCCAUUAGAUGCAUUGGAUCACAACCAACACUUUGAAUCAGACAUAAGUUAUUUAAGAAAGAACCCUCAAGUUCAACAUGAUACGUCGUCUUUGGAAAAGCCGUAUUUGGUUAGAAGUAAUGGAAAGGAUUGCAUUACUGCAGAUUUGCAAAGACGACGAAAUGUUCAUGCUAUUGAAAGAGAUGGAAGAGUGCAGGAUAUUGACAGAAAAUCUGUGAGUCAACAAGGUGUGAAAAGGAAGACUGAGGUUUCUGUAUUUGAUAUGUUGAAUGGACAGGAGGACAAAUGGAACGAAUAUGAUAAUAUUGAAACUUUGUUAGGUUCAUAUAUUUAGCUAUUGCUGUUGCUUAUUAUAAACCUUGUUCAGGUAGAAUGUUUAAGUUAUGAAUACUGCCUAAAAUAGGCACUUAGAAACUGUUCGCUGAUACUUGUCUUAAGUGGAUCCAUGUAAUGUUAAUCUUAUAGACACAAAACUAUAUUUUACAUUCUAGAAGAUAAAUGAAAUGUUGGUAAAGCCUGAUAUACAUGUAUACACAUACAUUUGUGUUUGAAAACUUCAGCAAUACACAUACAUUCAGAAAAGCUAAGCUUACACCUGGUAAAUUCAUGUAUACAUAAAUUAUUUAAAAAAUAAUAAACCAUGUUUUAACACUAUACACAAUGGGCGGUUAUACAUCGGCGUAAUAAUUUCAAAAGGGCGCAGCCCUAGUGGAAUUAUUUCUUAAGACGUAUAACCGCCUGAGUGUAAAUAUAGUGUUCAUACACGGUUGUGCUAUAAAUUAUUUCGAUUCUGAUAUGUCUUUUAUUGUAUAAUUUAGAUUAAAUAUGAUAGAACUGUUUUUUUUUCUCGCGUAUACAUUGCGCCAAAUGGUAGGUCGUCAUUCUCUUUUGUUUAUACACGCCGAGAUCCGAAAUGGUAAUACGUCUUGUGGAAGAGGUCAGUUUGGGCGAAUAUGAUAGCGAAUUAUUCUGUAAAGCGAAUACCCAACUCACUAUCAUGACUAUGGGUGUAAAUUAACCAAGACAGUUGUGCAAUGUGACAUUUCGUUUUAAACGUUCUAUAAAGUAAAAUAUUUUAUCAAAUUUGAAAGAGCUAUUUCUAGAUGCAUAUAUGGCGCUAAAUAUCACGUCGACAUGACGUUAAUAUAAUAUCUAUGUCCAAAAAGAUAUAUUAGAAUCGAAAUAAUUUAUAGCAAAAGAGUGCUUUAACAUUAUUUAUGCACGAUGGGCGGUUAUACGUCGUACAAAUAAUUUAUUACGCCCGAGGUAUAACCACCCAUCGUGCAUAAAUAGUGUUAAAGCACUCCUUUUGCUAUAAAUUAUUUCUUAACUAGUCAUAUUAGAGUUCUUUUUAAAACAUUGGACAUCUGUUUCAUCUGUCAGCCUUUCUUAAUACUUUUAGUAACAUGUUUAGAAGUUUUAAAGAGUAAAUACUUUACUAAUAAUGUCAGAAAGUUACUUCACUUUUAUGGGCUGAACUGCACUAUUUUUUGUUGUCUGUUCCUUUGAAUAUUUUGAAUUAUUGCACUUAUAUUUUGCUUAACAAGAUUGUCUAUGAUCAUGAAGUCAUAGACAUGAUGUUGAUAUAUUUAUUUAUUAACAAGGUAUUGUUGUAAUUUGAUUGUUAGCAUCUAUUUGUUUG